UUAUUUAUUUUCAUUGGAAAAAGUCGUAGUAUAUUGGAUAGCAAAUGUUAUAACCACAAAAUAGAAGUAAAUGUGGAGAAAUAGAAAUAAUAAAAUAAGUGGUUUUCUAUAUUAUGUAAUUUAAUUUGAUCAUCACAUAAUUAAGUUCUUUACGCAGCAAAAUUUUGCGAUUAUUUGAGUUCAUUACAUUAAAAGUAUUAAAAUGCCUUAUUACGAAUUUGCCCUAAUGUUACGUGCAAUGCCUAAAUCUGAACUCAAAACAACAUUAAAACGUAUAUCACACGCUAUAUUCGACCGUGGUGGUAUUAUAAGAAACAUUGAAAAUCUAGGAUUUAGAACGAUGCCAUAUAAAACUAGUGCUCACGGGUUAGUACAUCGGGAAGCAAAUUAUAUUGUUUUUAAAGUGGAUACUCCAGCACUAUCAGUUACUGAUUUAAAAGAAGAAUAUAGUAGAGACGUGGAUAUUAUUAGACAACGUGUAUUUAGAAUGCAAGAUGAAUCUAACCAUUCAUGUACCUUAGAAGAUGAGUUAUUGCCGCCUGCUUAUCGUGAAGAAGUUCAGCAGAUGAUUGAAAUUGGAAAAAGUCAAGUGAAUCGCUUUACUUACAAAUUUAAAUAUAAUUCUGGUUUGGACUACUAUCCCUUCCAAAAAUAAAAUAUAUAUUAAAAUAUUUGUAAUACUGUCACCACAACCUCUAAUGUAAAUAGACUACUUUGUAGAUAUUAUAGAAGUAUGAAGAAUUAA